GAAUUAUAUUUAUAGAUUUAUGUGAUGCUACUAAAUUUUUUAUAUAUUGCUCUUCAAAACAUAAAUUGCUUGAUGACCACAGAAAAAUCACAAAGGUAUUGAUGUAGCUAGUGAAUUUAUCAGGAGUCAUGUUUCAUGUCAGUGUGCCUAUGUUUCUUCGCUGUGAUUCUGGACUUCCUCCAUAUUUUGUACAGACUGUUUUUUUGUUCGGGAUUUCACUUUCGUUUUUGACAAUGUCAUCAGUGGGACGGAGAUAGGACAUUUUAGAAGAAAAUUGUGAAAAGAAAGAUCGAUCGCUGUAAAGAUUUGUCACGUCGACAUGAUAAUUUAUCAAUAGUCUUCUAAAUGUGUGCACUUUUGGACUUUAACCCAAUGGAGUUGUUUUGUGAUCACAUCAACACGGAAGCAGACGAGACUGAAUAAACAGCAUGGAUCCAGUGGGAGUGAAUUCAAUAGAGACUGCAGCUCUGGGGAGACCCUUCCAGCUGGGGAUGCUGUAUGACUGCAGGAGAGAUGCUCUUGUACCAGGAAUCAGACUUUGGAGUAAAGAGCAGCAGCAGCAGAACAUAAGCACUGAACCACAGAGUAAUACAGUGUUCACAGUCACAGCUUCAGACUCAAUUGAGGACAAAUCUAGAUUGCUGAAUAUUGAUGGUUGUCUGAAACUGAGUUUUUUAGGUGGACUCAUUAAUGUGGGUGGAGCUGCCAAUUAUCUAAAAGACACCAAGAAGUCAUUCAAUCAACAAAGACUGACAUUACAUUAUCAUUCGACCACUGAGUUUAAAGAACUGGUCAUGAACCGCUUUCCUUCUGGAGAAAUGGCUCAUUAUGAGGAUGAUGUAGCCACACAUGUAGUGACAGCAGUGCUGUAUGGAGCAGAUGCCUGCUUUGUGUUUGACAGAGAAGUUUCAUCAGAUGAAGAUAAAAGGCUGAUAGCAGGAGAACUGAAAUCUGCAUUAGAGCCGCUAAAAUGUGUUUCAGUCGGUGCAAACAUUAAUCUGAAUGACAAUCAGAAGACUGCAGCCCGAAAAUUCAGAUGUACAUUUCAUGGCGACUUCCAGCUUCCAUGUAAUCCAACCUCUUUUGAAGAAGCUAUGAAGGUUUUUGAAGAUCUUCCCAAAAUGUUGGGAGAAAACAAAGAGCUUGCAGUUCCUCUGAGAGUUUGGCUUUAUCCUUUAGACAAACUUUUCUCAAGAGCUGUGAAGUUUCAGCAUGAAAUCAGCACAGGUCUAAGCACAGACAUUGAAUCUGUAAUUGAGAGUUUGAGUACGACUGAGAUGAAAUGCAGUGAUCUUCUGACAGACAUGCCUUCUUUGACAUUUACUGCAUUUCAUGACAAAAUCAAUGACAUGAAGAAAAAUGGCUACCAGUGCAGGCUGAGUCUCAUGAAGAAACUUGGCUCUCUCUUACCAAAGAUCAGAGGAAAGUUUAUAGAGGAUACAGCACUGAUCGAUCUGCUAAAGGAUCAUGAGGAAUCUCCAUUUGAGAGAAGCACUCUUGAACAAUGGCUGAAAGAGAAAGAGGAAGAAUCUGACAUCAUUAAAUCUUUGCUCACACAACUGAAUGACUCAGGAGCACAGGUAGAAAAACUUAAUAAAAAUUUGAUGCAUCUGACAGUUACACAUUUGGUCAUCUACACGUUCACAUCAUUGGGCCGGCCAGAUGUGCUGCUUUCUAAACAAAAGAGCUACCUGAGUUCUUCAACAAAAGAAAAUGAAGAAAAAAGCUCUCAACUGGAACACAAGACUUGGCUCACACCUGAAAUCCAGCUGACAAUGAGGAACAACUUGAAGUUAUUUAAAAACCUGAUUGAUUUAAAUGUUAGCAAAUCAGUGAAGUUUAUUGUUGCAUCAAGAGAAAUAGAAAAUAGUCCAGGUUCCUGCAUACUGCUGUAUGAAAAAAAAUCAGCUGAAGCCAUUUGCUUCACUCCUCCAUCAAAACCAGACUGUCCAGUCAUUAAAGAUGUCAGAUGUAGGCAAGUGGUGUUGAAAGUGUCUCCACCGUGUCCUGCUACAGAGGAGCUCAAAAUACUGUACAAAAUGAAGGAAGAGGAAGACUGGAGAUCUCAAACUGUGUCACAGAAGCAGAACACAGUGACUCUGACUGAUCUCAGACCAGACACUGAGUACAGUAUUAAAUGUGCAGCGGUGGGAAAACUCAACUACACAGUAGACAGUGAUGUGACACGUCUCACAGUCAUAAACCAGAAUCUCAUCAAAGCCAAAGAGUCUGUGAUUGACACUCUCAGCAGGACUGAAAACAAGUGCAGUGUACUUUUACAAAACACCAGUGAAACAACUUUUACUGCACUUUAUAAGAAAAUACAAGAUAUGCAGCAAAACUGCCAAACCUACAGACAAGAUUUCAGUGAACGGCUUGAAUCUCUGAUACAGUCAGUUAAAGCUUGUGAGAAAGAGACUAGUGCUCUGAUGGAUCUUCUACAAGCUCAUGAUGUGUCUCCAUUUAAUGAAAAUAGUCUAAAAGAGUGGAUCACAGCGAAAGAAGAAGAACUGAACACUAUUAAUGAGAUCCUUAAGCAGUUACUGGACCUUGGAGCUGAAGUGAACGGAAGCUUGGACUCAUAUUUGUCUGAUAUUCAGCAGGAGAAUGUGUUUUGUUACACUUUCAGUUCUCUCGAGCAGACAGAUGAGUUACUUAAUGAGCAAGAAAAUUACAAGAAUCCUCAAAUGAUGAAAAAUUCACAGAAGCCAUCUGAUGUAGCAUCUCAAUCAUGGCUCAUAGGAAGCAUCAGGGAGAAAAUGAGAGAACAUCUGAAAACAAUUAAAGAUCUGAUGGUGUCACACAGCAGUCAAAACACAAAAUUUAUGGUUUUCACAAAAGACCAUGCAAAGCAUCCAGGUUCCUGCAUUCUCCUGUAUAAAAAUGGAUGUAAUGAAGCAGUUUGCUUCACUUCUCCAUCAAAACCAAACAGUCCAGUCAUUAAAGAUGUCAGAUACAGGCAAGUGGAUCUGAAAGUGUCUCCACCGUGUGCUGCUACAGAGGAGCUCAAAAUACUGUACAAAAUGAAGGAGGAGGAAGACUGGAGAUCUCAAACUGUGUCACGGAAGCAGAACACAGUGACUCUGACUGAUCUCAGACCAAACACUGAGUACAGUAUUAAAUGUGCAGCGGUGGGAAAACUCAACUAUAUCACUGAAUCUGAUGUCAGCAAAGUUAUCAUAAAGGACAAAAAUGAACUCAUCAAAAAAGGCAUCUUAAUUGGAGAUGGAAAUCCUGCUCGAUACCGUCUGCAAACAAGUGCAGACAAUUUGCAACAGUCUGAACCAUAUAGAAUAAUUACGUUUGGAGAGAGAGAUGAAAACAAACCUCAUAAAACCAUUCUGCUGGUGGGAGAAACAGGAACAGGAAGAACAACUCUGAUCAAUGUGAUGAUCAACUACAUGUUGAGUGUGAAGAGAGAAGACAAGGUCUGGUUUGAGAUCACAGAUGAGAGUGACUGGUCUUCAUUUCACUAUGGGACAUCCAGCGUCACUGUUUAUGGGUUUUAUCUACAAGAGAGUCUAAUCGAUUUAACAAUCAUUGACACACCAGGAUAUGGAGAUACUCGUGGAGUUGAUCUUGAUAAAGAGAUCGCCAAGAGUUUGCUUAAUUUAAGUAAAUCUGAAGAAGGGAUCCAUGAAAUAGAUGCAGUGUGUCUGAUGGAGCUCAUCCUAAAAAUGCUCUGA